AUGUUCAAGGUAAUUCGGAGGUCCGUGAGGCCAACCAGCCUACACUUGUUCACCUUCAAAGUCUAUGCAGCACCAAAAAAGGACUCACCUUCCCAAAAUCCCGUGAAGGUUGAUGAGCUUUCACUGUACUCAGUUCCCGAGGGUCAAUCGAAGUGUGUGGAAGAGUCAAGGAGCCAGCUUGAAGAAGGCAUCUCACAGUUCCGACGCUAUUGUGAGCCACAUAGAAAUUUGUGUCAGGAAACUUACUCCCAAACCAAGCCUAAGAUGCAAAGUUUGGUUCAGUGGGGGUUAGACAGCUAUGAAUAUCUCCAAAAUGCACCUCCUGGAUUUUUUCCCAGACUUGGUGUUAUUGGUUUUGCUAGCCUUAAUGGACUCUUUCUGGCUAGAGGUUCAAAAAUAAAGAAGCUAGUGUGUCCACCUGGUUUCAUGGGAUUAGCUGCCUCCAUCUGUUAUCCACAACAAGCCAUCGUGUUUGCCAAGGUCAGUGGGGAGAGAUUACAUGACUGGGGUUUACACGGAUAUAUAGUAAUGGAAGAUUUGUGGAAGGAGAACUUCUAA